AUGGUGAGUCCCGGCCGCCGCUUUCGCUUUCGCUUUGCUCGGGGCAGGGCGGGCUCGGAUGCCCCGGUGCCGGUGCCGGUGUCGGUCUCUCCCCGCCGAAGGGAGGGACGCGGUCCCCGGGGCGGUGGGAGGUGGCCCGCGCGGGACAUUCCGUGUCCCUGCGUGUCGCGGCCCCGCGUGUCCCCCGUGGUCCCCGUGUCCCCGUGUCCCUCUCCAGUCCCCGUGCUCCGGUGGCCGCGUCCCCACGGUUUCCUGUCCCCGAGCUCCGUGCGUGUCGCCCUCGCGGCGGGGCUGGAGCGGUGCCAGCGCGAGGCCGAGGAGGUGGCGGAGCUGAUGCGACAGAACGUGGCCAAGGCGCUGGAGCGGGAGGGACACCUGGAGCAGCUGCAGAGCCGGGCCCAGGACCUGCGACAGGCGAGCGAGGCCUUCACCCGCACCACGCGCACGGUGACGCGGCGCCAGCGCAGGAGGCACCGGCGGUGGCACCUGGUGGCCCUCGGCCUCGGCCUCCUCCUCCUCCUCAUCCUGGCGCUGGCCCUGGCGCUGGCCCUGGCGCGGGCGUCCCCCGGGGCUGUCACCAGCGCUGUCCCCACGCCGCAGGGCGGCACCCAGCACCCCCCCAGCACCGCGGGCACCCUCUGAGGACAAGGAACAAACGGCAGAGAAACAGCCGGGCUCGGGGGACGCCUGCAGGGACAGCACUGUCACCCUGCAGUGACACUAACACACCGGCGGGACGUCCUCCAGGAGCCCCCACAGCCAACCAACUGCAAAAUCUGCUCUCAAGAGACCCCACACCGAACACCCAGCCAGCCCCACGCGAGGGAAACAGCGCAGCGAGCACAGGGGCUCUGUGGGGAGAGCGAGAGCCCAGACCUGGAGCGUGGACCUCGGGGAGAGCCUGCAAGGAAUGAACACCAGGAUCUGCUCUGGGGUCACAAUAAACAAACACCAGGAUCUGCUCUGGGGUCACAAUAAAUAAACACCAGGAUCUGCUCUGGGGUCACCCUGCAAUAAAUGAACACCAGGAUCUGCUCUGGGGUCACAAUAAAUAAACACCAGGAUCUGGUUUGGAGAGAUCUUACAACAAAUAAACACCAGGAUCUGCUUUGGGAUCACCCUACAAUGAAUAAACACCAGGAUCUAGUUUGGAGAGACCCCACAAUAACUAAAUAGCAGAAUCUGUUUUUGGGAGACCCUACACUAAAUAAAACCCAGGAUCUUUUCGGGAUGACCCUACAAGAACUAAGAAUGUGGAAUCUGAUACGAAGAUGCCCCACAAGAAUAAACCAGCAGGAUGGACUCUUGGGGAGACCCCACAAUAAAUAAACACCAGGAUCUGCUU